CUGCAUGACGACCUCUAUAGCACAAAGUGAUAAGAUUAGAGUGGCGUGAACUUUAGAUAUUAGUUUUUCGCUGCAGAUUGUAACCUUUUUUGCCGAUUCUGUUGCUGUUUAUUGUCAUAGGAAACACACAGACACCUUUAGCAAGCUGUACUUGUAAAUCGUCCUCAAAUUCGCGGUCUUUUCCAAGAGUUACACAAUGCCUGUAAAAACAAGACAAGUACAAACCCCGCUUCAAUUCAAGUGCCGAAAGACACGCAACAGUUGCAAGACGCCGCAAAGCAAAUCUCAGGAAAAAUGCCCAAUGUCUGAAUUAAGGAAGUCGAGUCUGACUUGUAGAACCAUCAACAAUGACAAGGACGCCUUAAAUGCACCAGUCUCAAAGACACCAGAGACGUCAUUGUCUCCACAACGUGUUAGAAGUAGAUCGUCACGAUAUGAUUCGGCAAGUCAGCCUGCUCAAACCAUCCUCCCAUCCUCUCCAAGAAAAAGGACAUUAUUGCAAGAAGUCUCGACAAACGAUGAACGCCCACUGACGCCAUGCUGCAGUCCACGAAAGAUGAAGAAAGAGAACAUUCCCGUAUGUGAAGAUAAUUCCAUCGGUGCUGAUAAUGCAGAUGUGUACAUCUCUCGCUUGCACCAUGUUGAGACUAGCCCUUGGAAAGGUGCAUGUAAGAAGUUGGAAUGUACCUCACCACCCAGGAGAAACCGAAAGGACAGCAUGGUUGAUAGAGUAACAUCACCAGCAGGAAAGAGAUCUCCAAGGAAGACGGUUACUCCCCUGAAGCUUGAAAGAAAUGAAGGAGAGUGUUACAAGAAGACCAAGCAAGCUUUGCAUACAGCUCUACCCGAUCGUCUGCUGUGUAGAGAUAAGGAACUUGGAAUGAUGACAUCAUUCUUGACAGGUCAUGUGACCAAGAAUCGAGCUGGUAGUCUGUAUAUUUCUGGAGCACCGGGAACCGGCAAGACGGCAUGUUUGUCUCAGGUCUUAAACACGCAUAAGAAAUUAAUGAGCAAAGCUCAGGUCAUAUUUGUGAACUGCAUGUCCGUCCGACACAGUCAAGGAAUUUAUGGGAAGAUUUUGGAGGAAGUUCUCGGCAGCCAACACGGCAAGAGGAGUGCUAAGGAAGCAUCCAGAAGACUACAGAAGGCAUUCACAUCGACAGGACCCAUGAUAGUUCUGGUGUUGGAUGAGAUUGACCAUCUAGAUAGCAAGGGACAGGAAGUAUUGUACACCAUGUUUGAGUGGCCGUCCCUACCCAAGUCAAGACUUCUACUCAUUGGCGUUGCCAACGCACUGGACUUGACUGAUAGGAUUCUGCCGCGACUCCAAGCUAGACCCAAGUGCAAACCUGAGUUGCUGCAUUUCCCGCCAUACUCAAAGGAUCAGAUUGCGGCCAUAUUAUUGGACAGGGUACAGAAUAAUUCCGAGGAGAGUGUUGUGGAGCCUAUAGCAUUGCAGCUGUGUGCACGGAAGGUCGCUGCGGUAGCUGGCGACAUCAGGAAAGCACUGGAUGUUUGCAGGCGUGCCGUUGAGAUAGUUGAAUGUGAUGUCAAGAGUCAGCUGCGAUUUGGCUGCAAAUCACCGGUGAAAAAUUUUGGGCGAUACUCAAGUGCAGCGACGAGCAGUUCACCUCGCUUGAAGAAAGUUGGUCUGAAGCAGGUAUCCAGUGUAAUAUCAGAGGUGUAUGGAUCGCGUCUGACAACCAACUCCAACCAAUCUCAGAUGUUCCCUCUACAACAGAAACUCAUGAUAUGCACUGUGCUAAUGAUGGUCCGAGGCGGCAAGUUCAAGGAAAUUACUCUAGGAAAGUGCCAUGAAACCUACAGCAAAUUGUGCAAGGAUAGACAGGUACCCGCUGUGGAUCAGUCUGAAUUCCUGUCUCUUUGUCAGUUGGUUGAAAGCAGAGGUGUGAUUGGGCUCAAGUGCUCCAAAGACACUAGACAAUCCAAGAUCAGCUUAAAGUUGAAUGAGAAUGAAGUGGAGACUGCUCUUCAGGACAAAGUCCUCUUGUCAUCCAUCUUGCAAGGUGAUGUGCCUAACAAGAAGAAGUAAUGGAAAUCCAAACGAUGGUCUGCAAACUCUAGUCAGCUUGUCCACGGACAAGCUUCCCCCUUUGUUCUUCAAGGUGAUGCAUUCAUCAAGAUGUAUAACACUCCAGCAAUGGUCCGCAAUCUCCGGUCAACAGCUCCAUGGACAAGAUUCUAGAGAUGUAUGCAUCAA